AUCAGUGCAAUGGCGACGGGGGAUGUUUACCUAUUGCGGCUACAAGACACCAGAAGCCAUUGCCCGCUGUUCCCUGCCUUUAUUUCCUUUUUCACGGACGGGAUAGGUUGCGCGCUUCUCUCGGUCCGUGUUGGGCAGGAAAAAGUAGCUGUGGCGGUGCAUUUGUGGUUGUGGAGUGAAAAUGGCGAGUGGAGGAGCGGCGGUGGCAUUUUCGGGUUGCUCUUCCAACGCUAGGUUGAUUGAUUUCGCCUCCAGGAAUCGGAGCUCGAAGUCGAAGGCAGCUGUGUUGCUGAGGGUUAAACCGUUGUUUGGCGUUAGGUGUGUCUCCAGUGAGCCGAAGCAGAGCAUUCGCGACUCGGUGACCGACCAAGGAUUUCCAGAUGAUCCGAGUUCAUUUCCUCCCAGUCCUCAAUCUAUUGCUUCAAGAAUUCAAUUCCAUGCACAGUUCACUCCAUUAUUUUCUUCUGAGAAUUUUACAGCGCCCAAAGCCUUCUUUGCCACUGCACAAAGUGUCCGGGAUGCACUUAUUGUCAAUUGGGAUGCAACAUAUGAUCUUUACGAAAAGAUGAAUGUAAAGCAAGCCUACUAUCUGUCCAUGGAAUUUUUGCAGGGUAGAGCAUUACUGAAUGCAGUUGGUAAUUUGGAGCUCACUGGUGAAUAUGCGAAGGCUCUAGAAAAGCUGGGUCAUAAUCUGGAAACUGUAUCCACUCAGGAGCCAGAUGCAGCACUUGGAAAUGGUGGUUUAGGCCGGCUUGCAUCGUGUUUUCUGGACUCAUUGGCCACUUUAAAUUAUCCAGCAUGGGGUUAUGGCCUUCGGUACAAAUAUGGCUUAUUUAAGCAACAACUUACAAAGGAUGGCCAAGUGGAGGUCGCUGAAAAUUGGCUUGAUAUUGGCAAUCCCUGGGAAAUUGUCAGAAAUGAUGUAUCUUAUCCUGUGAAAUUUUAUGGCAAAGUUGUGGUGGGGUCAGAUGGGAAAAGCCGCUGGAUUGGUGGUGAAGAUAUUGUUGCUGUUGCAUAUGAUGUUCCAAUACCUGGAUAUAAGACUAAGACUACAAUUAAUCUUAGGCUGUGGUCCACUAAAGUACCUUCUGAUCAGUUUGAUUUAUAUGCCUUCAAUGCUGGAGAACACACUGAAGCAUGUGAAGCUCAAGCAAAUGCAGAGAAAAUCUGUUAUAUACUUUAUCCUGGGGAUGAAUCAGAGGCAGGAAAGAUACUUCGACUGAAACAACAAUACACGUUAUGUUCUGCUUCUCUCCAAGAUAUCAUUUCAAGGUUUGAGAGGAGAUCUGGUGGAAAUGUCAGAUGGGAGCAAUUUCCUGAUAAAGUAGCUGUUCAGAUGAAUGACACACACCCAACUUUAUGUAUCCCAGAGCUUGUGAGGAUUUUGAUGGAUUUGAAGGGUCUUAGUUGGGAAGAAGCUUGGCAGAUUACACAGAGAACUGUGGCAUACACUAACCACACAGUUUUACCUGAGGCCUUGGAGAAAUGGAACUAUGACCUGAUGCAGAGACUACUUCCAAGACAUGUUGAGAUCAUUGAAAGGAUUGAUGAACAGUUAAUUGAAGAUCUUAUAAAAGAAUAUGGGACAUCAAAUCCUGAAAUGCUGGAAAAUAAAUUGGCCACGAUGAGAAUUUUAGAAAAUGUUGAUCUCCCUGGUUCUGUUAAAGAUUUAUUUCCCAAGCCCGCCGAUGAACUCUCUAUCGAGAAAGACGAGGGCAUUGAAUCUAAUGAUUUAGAGUCGGUUACGGAAGAGUCUGAACAAGGGGGAGAAGACACAAAAAAGAAUGAGACUCUAGAUGAAAUAGUUGAUCAAGAACCAGUUCCUGCUCCGCCAAAAAUGGUCCGAAUGGCUAACCUUUGUGUUGUUGGUGGUCAUGCUGUAAAUGGGGUUGCUGAGAUCCACAGUGAAAUAGUUAAGAAAGAAGUCUUUAGUGAUUUUUAUGAGCUUUGGCCGGAAAAGUUCCAAAACAAAACAAAUGGGGUAACACCUAGAAGAUGGAUCCAUUUCUGCAAUCCUGAUCUCAGUAGGGUGAUAACUAAGUGGAUAGAUACGGAAGACUGGGUCCUGAAAACAGAGAAACUGGCAGAACUGCGGAAGUUUGCUGAUAACAAGGAUCUCCAAGCUGAGUGGAGGGCUGCAAAGAGAAGGAACAAAAUUAAGGUUGCUUCAUUCGUUAAAGAGAAGACUGGGUAUUCUGUCAAUCCUGAUGCAAUGUUUGACAUCCAGGUAAAGCGUAUCCAUGAAUACAAACGACAGCUGUUAAACAUCUUGGGCAUUGUUUUUCGCUAUAAGAAAAUGAAAGAAAUGACUGCGGCUGAAAGGAUAGCAAACUUUGUUCCUCGAGUUUGUAUCUUUGGAGGGAAAGCAUUUGCUACAUAUGUACAAGCCAAGAGAAUUGUAAAAUUUAUUACUGAUGUCGGGGCUACCAUAAAUCAUGAUCCGGAUAUUGGUGAUUUGUUGAAGGUUGUCUUUGUUCCAGAUUAUAAUGUCAGUGCUGCUGAAUUAUUAAUUCCUGCUAGUGAGCUUUCGCAGCAUAUCAGUACUGCUGGGAUGGAGGCUAGUGGAACCAGCAACAUGAAGUUUGCAAUGAAUGGUUGCAUUCUGAUUGGAACCUUGGAUGGUGCUAAUGUGGAGAUCAGGCAAGAAGUGGGACAUGACAAUUUUUUCCUUUUUGGUGCCCAAGCUCACGAGAUAGCAGCACUCCGCAGAGAGAGGGCGGAAGGCAAGUUUGUACCAGAUGAACGUUUCGAAGAAGUUAAAGAAUUUGUAAGAAGCGGUACUUUUGGGUCUUACAGCUAUGAUGAACUGAUGGGAUCUUUGGAAGGGAACGAAGGAUUUGGGCGCGCAGACUAUUUUCUUGUGGGCAAGGAUUUCCCGAGUUACAUUGAAUGCCAACAGGAGGUUGAUGAGGCCUAUCGCGAUCAACAGAGAUGGACAAAGAUGUCGAUUCUAAAUACAGCCGGAUCCUUUAAGUUCAGCAGCGACAGAACGAUCCAUGAAUACGCAAAGGACAUAUGGAACAUCCAACCUCUUCAAGUGAUUUAGUGUUCUGUUCAACGAGAGAGGCAAGUAUAAUAAUCCCAAAUUGCCACCAGUGUGGAAGUUCAUCAAUAAAUCAUCUUUAUAAUUAUGUUCUAAUAUACAUUGGUACAAUUAUGUAAUAAAUAAACCAACCAUACUGGAUCACUGUUGGUGUUACUCCUCUCUUUGCAAUCAUAAAUCCC